AUGAAUAAGGUGCUUGACUCUAUUGUGCUGGGUAGGGUGACAAACCUUGGAUACUGCGAACCUAUCGAGGAGAUCGGUGGCUUCUAUGACUCUAGUCAGCCGGAAGACACGAGAGAGGCUUGGUUGAAGCUACGAUGCGACUUCGAAAAACACAGACUUGAAGUAGAAGAGAAAUUUAUUCCUUUCAUGGAGAGAGAAAAGAACGCCAUCCCCGAUAGAGAGGCUAUGAUAAGCUCUCUAGUGAACGAAAAUUUUGUGAUGAAAGAUGAAUUGAACCUUCAGCGAUCACUCGUCAACAGCCUACGAAAACAGGUCCAAUUUCUUUUAUUUCAAAGAAGACCACAGCCACAUUUUUUUGAAAGCGAAGAACCCUACCUCGACCAUUCAUCACGAACAAGUUCAGAGGAACGUUUGAAUUUGAAGCUCUAG